AUGAUCCUUGCACUGACCGAGAAGCGCAGAGCGACCACGAAGAAGCGCAACAGGAGGAAGAAGGGCUCGCGCGGCAAGGACGCCGCAGCGACCAAUGCAAGCGAUGGGGCGCGAGCCAUAGACGACUCAUGCGGCUUCGUGCUUACGACGAGCGACGGAGUACGAGCCACGGACGGCACGCGCGGCCUCGUACUUGCGGCGACCGAUGCCACGGGCGUUGACAGAGGAGGCUGA